AUGUCCUUUUCCAACUACAACCCACCAUACCUCUGUGAGGAGGACCAGGAGCCCAAGCCGGACGGCAGCGGCGACGUCGCCGAGGGCGAUCAAGGGGAUGAUGAGGACAACGACGACGACGAGGGAGACGACGCCUGGGUCUACGAGGACGACAGUAGUGUCAGCAGCGGCUCGUCGUUGCCGCCUGAUGACUAUGGGGAUCAGUGA